UGUGUAUAUCUGGCAUCAGCAGCAUCAUCAUCAUCAGCAGCAGCAGUGGCUUCUUGACAUCUGUGUGUAAAUAGUUCCACGGAGCAGCGAGAAAAAAGGAAAGCCAAUAAGUUUUGAGUUGAAUGGAGCGUUAAAACCGCCUGGAUUUUACGUCUCGGGAAUCAUAUUUUUGGGUGACAGCUCGUUGGAACGGUGCGCAUCGUGUUGAAUUUUAAGUUUGGGAGACAUCACAGUGGUCCAGAUGUUAAUCCACACCUAUUCCGCUAUGGACCGCGCAGACGGACUCAGCGGUUCUUCGCCGGGUGGGCGCCUCUCCCAGCUCUCCUCCCUGAACCAGGCCGCCUACUCCUCAGCUCCUCCGCUCUGCCACACCCCGGCCUCUGACUUCCAGCCUCCGUACUUUCCUCCCCCUUACGCCCAGUCUUCCCUGUCAUACUCCCAGAGCCAGGACUCGGCCUAUUCCCACCUGUCGGACCCUUAUCCCUCCAUCAACUCCAUCCAUCAGCAUCAACAAGCGGCAUGGCACUCGCAGAGGUCGCGCUCCGAGGAAGGGGGGCUGCUGUCACAGUCUCACCGGGCUCUGAGCCUCGACCCCCGGCGGGAGUAUCCAGCUGUGCCCCGGCUGCUCCACGGUCUCGGGGAAGGCGCUGCCGCUCUUGGGGACGGUCCUCUAGGGAUGCACCUGGGACAUCACGGCCUGGAGGAUCUGCAGGGAAUGGAGGAAGGAUCGGCCCUGGGCAUCCUCGACCACUCUGUCAUUAAAAAAGUUCCUAUCCCGUCCAAGCUGAACGGCUCGUCCCUGUCAGCCUUGUCCCUAUGCAAGGAGGGUCUCAGUAUGGGUUCCGUGUCCAACCCAGCCGAGGUGUUCUGUUCUGUCCCGGGUCGCCUAUCCUUGCUCAGCUCCACCUCCAAGUACAAAGUGACGGUCGGGGAGGUGCAGCGCCGCCUCUCUCCACCUGAGUGCCUCAACGCGUCUCUGCUGGGUGGAGUCCUCCGCAGGGCGAAGUCAAAGAAUGGUGGCCGCUGUCUGAGAGAGCGUCUGGAGAAGAUUGGCCUCAACCUGCCCGCCGGGCGACGCAAGGCAGCCAACGUCACUCUGCUAACAUCUCUAGUGGAGGGUGAGGCUGUCCAUCUGGCGCGGGACUUUGGUUACGUGUGCGAGACAGAGUUUCCAGCCAGAGCGACAGCUGAGUAUCUGUGCAGGCAGAGCGAACCAGAGCAGCUCCCGACACGGCGCAGCAUGCUGCUCGCCACCAAGGAAGUCUGUAAGGAGUUUGUAGACCUCAUGUCCCAGGACCGUUCCCCGCUAGGCGGCAGUCGACCCACCCCGUGUCUGGAGCCAGGAGUCCAGGGAAGCCUCACCCACUUCAGCCUGCUCACCCACGGCUUCGGAGGCCCCGCCAUCUGCGCCGCGCUCUCCGCCUUCCAGAGCUACCUGAUCGAGGCCAUCAAAAUGCUGGACAAAGGAGAAGGUGGAGGGAAGAGCCACCACGACAAGGAGAUGAAGCACCGCAAAUAGAGGACGAACGAACAAAAGUGUGGUGACAUGGAUGGAUGGAUGGAUGAGAGGCAGAGAGGAAGAGGAAAAAGAGGGCGGGGGGUGGGGGGUGGAAGACUUCCGUGUGCCCCUCUGUGUCUUUGACCUUUGCCCUCAGGAUAAAAACUGAGACUUUUACCUCUCAGAGACCCCUCGCAUCACAGAGGUGGGGAUUAUGAUGAUAUCUGUACUGUAAUACUGUAUGUGUCCACAACCACCUCACUCGAAACGACGCAUGGACCUCUUCUUCUUCUCAGUAGCUGGUUUGUGUCGCGAUGGCGUCGACAAAAAGACAAAAUCUUCAGGAUGAGUUCCUACACAUGGCAGUCAUGAUUUUAUGAUUUUUAAUAACCCCAUUUUAUAUUAAACUCAAGUAGGGCUGGGUAUCCAACUUCAAUACUUCUGUGGUAUCGAUCAAAUCUUGGCCUGGGUAUCAAAUUUCAGUACUUCUGUGGCAUGGCGGUGCUUGUUUAAUGAAUGGAGGUAUGUUGAGAAGAGCUGACUGUGCACUAAAACUAAAGGAUUUUACCGUAAUGUGUGAUGUUAUUUUUGUGAAAAUGGACUUCAUAACAUUGGUACUGAAGAAAGUCUCAUUCAGGAGUUAGUAUCAAAGUCCAGAUAUGGAUUCUGUAUUGAAAUGUGUAAACAAUACCCAGCCCUGUACUCUCAUCCUUACCUUUACCCC